AUUUAAUUGUGUUGAACGGCCUGUAUUUCUUUUUACCGAUAACAACACCGUUGGCAACAUUGGUAAUUGGUUCAGUUCCGAUUGGAACAAAAACCAAUUAGGUUAGAAUUAUAUUACAUUUAAUAUUUUUCUCCCAAAAUUCUUAAAAAAUGACAGAUUUAGGAGACGAAAAACAUGAACGUGUGUACGGGGGCUGUGAGGGACCAGACGCUAUGUACGUCAAACUUAUAUCGUCGGAUGGCCAUGAAUUUAUUGUAAAGCGUGAACACGCUUUGACUUCAGGUACCAUUAAAGCCAUGCUUAGUGGUCCAGGACAAUUUGCAGAAAACGAAGCGAACGAAGUGAACUUUAGAGAAAUCCCGUCUCACGUGCUUCAAAAAGUUUGCAUGUAUUUUACGUAUAAAGUUCGUUACACCAACAGCUCGACAGAAAUUCCAGAAUUUCCCAUUGCUCCUGAGAUUGCCUUAGAACUAUUAAUGGCCGCCAACUUCUUAGACUGCUAAAUCAAUUUUAUUUUUAAUUUAUGCUUCGUCAUUCUAUUUAAACAUUUGAAUAUUGACGACGCAUGCCUCACAAUGUUUCUCAAGUUAAAGAUGGUAGAAGAAUGCCUAAUUUGUAUCUUUAACGUAAAUUACCAGUGUUUCUUUUAUUACAUUUAGAUACUAGGCUGUUGUAAAAUAAUCUUCUUGAAUUUUCAUUUCAUAGUUGGCACACCACUAUCACAUUGUUUUUUUUUGUUCUAGCUUAAUUUAUAUUUUAGGUAUAUUGUACUUUAAUCAAUAAAAUAAUGUGUAUAUUUCGGUUAUUUUAAAUAUUUAA